AUGGGUCGUCUUCCGAUGAACGAGAAAUUUGGUCUUGGGUUUCCGAGCACGCAGGCUGCCGACGGGCAGCAGCAGCAGAAAGACAACAAAAAGCGGCAGAAGGCCAGCAAACUUGACUACAAGCGCGUUGACCAAGUCUGGGACGACACGAUCCACAACUACAAACUCCAAGACACGGCCGAGGGGAUAGUAGACGCCCAAUACGAUGAGUUCAUUUUCCACGUUCGUCGUACCUUCGAUUGGGAGGGCAAGUACAAAGCCACCAUUGUCGAUAUCAAGAGCAAGCUGCUUCGCGAGUGCCUCCAGGAUGUCAUGGGGGCCAUCAAGGGCGUGAGCUUGGUCGACGAUACGCCAAAGCUUGACCCCAACGUGCUCUUCUUGUAA